AAUUAUUCAAGAAAAAUGUAAAAAAAAAAUAGAAAAUUUCAGAAAAAUUGUGCGUGAAAAAAAAUAUCUAAUCAAGGGCGAGGUCGAAAAAUCUAAAAAUCUAAAAAUAAUCUUUAAACAAAAGUAAAAACAGAGAUUUCGCUAUAAAAAAUAAAAUUUCAGAGCAAAAAUGUUGGAUAUAGAUUUAAUGUUGUCCAAAUGUGGGGACUUUCAUCGUUACCAAUGGCUCUUGAUGGGUCUCUUUUGUAUCAUAAACAUCCUCUCGGCCAUGCAGUAUUACUCACAGACCAUGAUUAGUUUUGUGCCGACUCACUGGUGCUUCAAUAAUUUGUUGCCACAAAACGUUCCAAUUGAGAGUUUAAGAUUGCUUAGUAGUAAUUUUUCCUGUUUCCCGGUCGAUCAUAUUUUCACAGAAGAAAGUCAUCGUUCAAGGAAGUCACUUGAAGAAACCUCGACCUGCAACGAAUGGAUUUAUGACCAUGAUUUUGGAUACAAAAGUAUGACGAGUGAGUUGAAUUGGAUUUGCGACGACGCAUGGAAAUCGUAUCUAGGUCAAUCCAUGUUCUUCGUUGGUUCUGUGGUGGGUACGUUGUUGUUUGGCAUCUUGGCUGACAAAGUGGGGCGCUUGCCGAUUCUCGUUGUUGUGUAUGUCAUCUCGUUCGUCGGGAAUUCCAUGACGAUUUUCGCAACAGGUGUUGACCUAUUUUCGUUGUGCCGGUUUAUUGCGGGAAUGGCAACUGAUAGUAAUUUUGUUCUGAUGUACAUUUUGGUAAUGGAAUACAUUCGCCCAUCAAUGAGAACGUUCGGCCUCAAUUUGUGCAUCGGAGUAUUUUAUUGCCUUGGCUCGAUGAUAACUCCAUGGAUUGCCGCCUCACUCGGAGACUGGAAAUAUUUCCUCUUAGCAGUUGCCAUUCCUUCACUUUUAGUACCUUCCUUUUACUUCCUCAUUCCCGAAAGUGCCCAAUGGUUAAUAUCGCAGCACAAAACCGAUCGUGCGAUUCAGAGCUUUCAAAAAAUCGCAAAAAUGAACAACAAAAUUCUGGAUCAACUAACAAUCGACGAAUUCCGUGAAAACGCUAAAAAUAUCGAAAAAGUGUCUGAAUCGGAAAAUGUCAAUAUCUUAAGUCUUUUUAAGACCCCCCGGUUGAGACGGAAUACGUUAAUUCUGUUUUUCAAAUCGAUGGUCAUCACACUGUGCUACGAUGCGAUCUCGAAAAAUGUCGAAGGACUUGGAUUAUCACCUUUUAUCAUGUUUACACUGAGUUCGGCGACAAUUUUUCCCGCAUGUUUGGUACUUUUGGCGUUGCAGGAUAAAAUCGGGAGAAAAGCAAUGGCAUCUGGAUCGCUCUUUGUUAGUGGAAUUUUCACUGCAGGAACUGGAAUUGCAAUUGUUUAUCAACAAAAUGACAAAAACCCGAUUCUUCUGGCAUCCCUCGCAAUGCUUGGCCGCUUUGGUGUCACUGUAGCAUACAACUCUGGAGCUCAAUACGCAGCGGAGCUGAUUCCAACGUGUGUUCGAGCACAAGGCGUCUCGGCAGCUCAUGUCGCUGGAUAUGCCUUGACGUUUUUCAGUUCGUAUAUUUUGUAUACGGGAAAUUUCUUUCCAGCGAUGCCUCCUUUGAUAUUGGGAGCAUUAUCCAUAGCGGGGGCAUUUUUGUGUCUUUUGUUGCCAGAAACGUUAAAUAGAUCAACUCCCGUAACAUUAGAAGACGGAGAAAACUUUGGAAAAGAUGAACCAAUUUUCUACUUUUCUUGUUUUGAUAAACCGACAGAAUCAAAAACUAACCUAUCGUAACCAAAGAAAGCUUUUAUCGUUAAUUUUUUUACAUGAAUUAAAAGACAACGCAAGUAUUACCAAAGGAAUUGAA